GACAACCUAACUUAUUGCACAACAUUUCAAUCUCAACAAAAACUUGUUUACAAAAUCGUCCCAAUUUCUGUCAUAUCAAAAUAUCGUAGCACGAUGAUAUGCAAAUUUUAAUCGCUAUUGCAAUAGCUCUUAAUUAUAACUAGAUAUUCUAAUGAAGCGGGCCUUCUGUGUGUUUGCCGCUCUCCUAAACGAUAGCACUGUGCGCGCUGUUUCUAAGAUGAAAUUAAUGAAUAACUUUAAAGAGUGGAAGUUUAAGUAUCCGCCGAACUACGCGGAGCUUCCUAUUGAUGAAAAUCCGGCGUACAACGAGCCUGUCGCUGUGAAGAACGCUGUGUUUUCAAAGGUACCAACAGAGCCUUUAACUGGCAAUAUCCGUCUAGUCUGUGCAUCAGAAGAUGCCUUGAAAGACCUGUUUGACCUGGACCCCAGUGUGGCCGAGACGGAGGACUUUAUCAACUUUGUGGCUGGGAGGUACCAGCCGCCUGGAGGGCUGAGUGUUAGCCAUAGGUAUGGAGGUUAUCAGUUUGGUUUCUGGGCUGAUCAAUUGGGCGAUGGCAGAGCACAUGUCCUUGGUGAAUAUGUUAACAGCAAAGGCGAAAGCUGGCAACCCCAGCUGAAGGGCUCCGGCGAGACCCCGUACUCGCGCUUCGGCGACGGGCGCGCGGUUCUCCGCUCCAGCGUGCGGGAGAUGCUCGCGUCGGAGGCUAUGCUCGGGCUUGGCGUGCCCACCACCAGGGCCGCUGCUUUGGUAGUGAGCGACGACCACAUGGUAUGGCGCGACAAAACCUACUCCGGGCGAGCAAAGCAAGAGCGAGCGGCUAUAGUAAUGCGAGUAUGCCAUGCCUGGUACAGACUCGGCUCUUUCGAGAUUCUCGAUAAACGGAAGGAGCCUGACACUAUGAAGACGCUUUUCGAGUUUAUUAUAAAGUAUCAUUUCCCGUCCAUAGACAAUGAGGAUGAGGACAGAUUCGUUAAAUUCUACACAGAGGUCGCUCACAAGAAUUUAGACAUGGUUGCAGCUUGGCAAGGCGUCGGAUUCACUCACGGUGUCCUAAACACAGACAACGUUAGCAUAUUAGGUGUGACCAUAGACUAUGGCCCGUAUGGGUUCAUAGACCACUACUACGGUAGCUACGUGCCUAAUACCUCUGACGAUCUUGGACGCUAUGCAUUUGAUAGACAACACCAGAUUCUUCUAUGGAACUUGGAAAAAUUCGCUCUCGCAUUAGAACCCAUCCUUCCAGAAGAUCAGAAGCAGAAGAUCAAAGAAGUUCAAGCCACAUUAGAAGAAUACGUCAAGAGGAAAGUGCUGUCCACUUACCUUCUGAAACUGGGUCUGAAAGAAAUCCAAGAUGGCGACGGAGCCCUCAUAGAGGACCUGCUCAGUCUGAUGCAGGACACCAUGGCUGACUUUACCUGUUCAUUCCGACAGUUAUCUGAGAUGGAACUAAAGGAUCUAGAAGACGUUUCUAAGCUGGAAACCAAGUGGUCUCUCAACAAGAUCAGAGAAGCUAAUGGGUGGGGUAAAUGGAUGGAGAGGUAUAGGCAGAGGGUCGGGAAAGAAAAUGUAUCAGAGGAAGAGCGCCGGUCGCGUAUGUCGGCCGUCAACCCUGUGUAUGUCCCGCGAAACUGGAUGAUGCAGGAAGCUAUCGCUGAUGCGGAAAACAACGACUUUACAAAGGUGCGGUUUCUUCUGGAGCUGUUCAGGAGGCCAUUCGAAGUGAACGCUGAAGCUGAGAAGCUGGGGUACUCUUCACAACCUCCCAGUUGGGCUUACGGACUCAAACUUAGCUGCUCUAGUUAAACCUUGCUUUUAACUCAUUCACCACCAGAUAAAUAACCACAAUAUGUUAUUUAUCUGGUGGUGGCGCUGAAGUGUUACCCAUGUGGGCUGGCAUUCUCAGCAUCAUGCUGACGCCAAAACCAUUUGCCACAUUUUUGUUCAAUAUAAGAUAUAAUAAUAGCUACAUUUAAUUUAGUUUUUUAACAUAUUUACAUAAUUAUAUAAGAAACUAAGACUAAACUUUAGUCUAAAUUUAGUACUUGGAUUUAAUUUAGUAUUUAGUUAAGUUUUUUUUUGUACCUACUUGCUAAUUUGUUAAUUCGUUUCUGUGGCAAUAAAGAAAUUUCAAUUUCAAUACAACAUUGAAAUUUUGAUAAAAUCCCCGACAGGACCGGAUUUUUAAAUUUGAAUAGGUAGACGUUUGACCACGAUCACACUUGAUGGUAAGUGAUAAUGCGGUCACCGGUGGAGAACGCUUCUGGUCUGGUCAAACGUCUAGCUAAAUUAGUCGGGAGUGUUUUUAGCCAUGUUUGGUGAUAAUUUAAAGCAAGAAUAAAAUUUAAAAAUAUUUUAAGCGGGUUACUCACGUAUUAAGUCGAUAUAGCGUUCGACAUGUUUCGGUUCAA